AUUAUCAGCAAGUGACAGGUCAUUCUUGUAAGCUAUAUAUAAGUUUAGCAAGUAUGAUUCAGUUAAGCAAGCACUCCUACUAGCUAAAAUGACAGCUAAUGAUCUUGUUAUUGUUUUGGUAGUAGCCGGAGCCUCAUGGCUGUUGAUUCAUGUAUGGCGAACCCUGAUCUCCAAGACCCUGAACCAAAAGGCACCACCAGGCCCCCCUGGUUUACCAGUCCUCGGUCAUCUCCACAUGUUAGGAAAACUCCCCCACCGAAAUCUUUACAAUCUGUCUCAAAAAUACGGUCCCAUAAUGUCCCUCCGCCUUGGUUCUGUACCAACAGUUAUCUUAUCGUCCCCUGCUGCAGUUGAGCUCUUCUUCAAGACCCAUGACACUGUUUUUGCUAGCCGUCCCUCAACUCAGGCAGGGGACUACUUGUUGUAUGGAACCAAAGGCAUUGGAUUUGCUAAGUAUGGAGCUUAUUGGCGUAGCGCGAGAAAGUUGUGCAUGGUGGAGCUUCUCAGUGCAGAGAAGGUGAAAUCCAUGGCAGGGAUGAGAAGGGAGGAUGUGAGGUUGUUUGUUGAGUCCCUUAGGAAAGCUGCUGCUGCACGGGAGGUGGUUGAUAUUACUGACAAGACGGUCCAUCUGAUUGAGGACAUGACAUGUAGAAUGUUGUUUGGGAAGAGCAGAGAUGAGAGGUUCGACUGGAGUGCUAUAGUACACGAUAUGGCAGAGGACUUGGGAACCUUCAAUAUUUCGGAUUAUAUCCCAUAUUUAGGGGCACUUAAUCUCCAGGGAUUGACUAAGCGGUUCAAAGUUACUAGCGAGGCAGUAGACAAAAUAUUGGAAACUAUACUCGAUGAUCAUGAAAAAAAUGCGGGUAAUGGCUAUAAGGAGAAUGAGAGAGAUUUUGUAGAUGUCAUUCUAGCUUUGAAAAAGAAUUCUGCUGGUACUCAUGAGCAAUUAGCACGGAACAUUGACAGAUCACAUAUUAAAGCAAUCGUGUUAAACUUGCUUUUUGGAGCAAUAGAUGCCUCCCCAACUGCAAUCGAAUGGACCAUGUCAGAACUCAUUCGACAUCCAAGGGUGAUGAAACUUCUACAAGAAGAGAUUAAUAAUGUAGCCAAGGAUUGUGAUUUUGUGGAAGAGUCACAUUUGUCAAAACUAGAAUACCUAGACAUGGUAAUCAAGGAAAGCUUGAGAUUGCAUCCAGUUUCACCUAUAAUAGCUCCUCAUGAGUCGACGGAGGACAUUGUGAUAGAUGGAUAUCACAUACCAAAGAAAUCACGCGUUUUGGUCAAUAUUUGGGCCCUUGGACGUGAUCCAAGAUUUUGGUCAGAAAAUGUGGAAGAAUUUGUUCCAGAGAGAUUUAAGAGCAGUAACAUAGAUCUUCUGGGCCAGAGUUUUCAACUUCUACCGUUUAGUUCAGGCCGAAGAGUUUGUCCAGGUAAACACUGGGGCUUACUAACAUUAAAACUGGUGGUAGCUCAGUUGGUGCACAGCUUCCACUGGGAACUACCUUGUGGGAUGUCACCAGAAGAGUUGCCUAUGGAUGAAUUUUUCGGUUUGUCGGCACCAAGAGCAAAUCAUCUCCUUGCAAUACCAAGAAUCCGUCUAUCUUAAGAUCCACAUUCAUGAAGAUCGCAGUUCUGAGAGUCGACCUCCAAAACUAGGGUUCCACCUGCUACUUCUCCGCUCUUUAACCUUCAUCUCUUUACUCAUUAAUCAUCUUCGCUCUUCCAUCUUCUCUCCUAUUUAUCAAUUUUAUUAAUAAAAUCAAGAUCUAACCCUUUCUUGGCGAGUUCUUGUUGAGCACCUUGUCAUCAAGGUCGUGCCCAUCUUUUUGGGAUGUUUGUGUUUGUUUUGAUAUUUUUGUGUGUUUUUGUUAUGAGUUUCAAUAACGUUUAUAAGAAGGACUUACAUGAUAUUUUGGGUGA